AUGAGGUGCGAAGCACGAAAAUGGAUGGGAGCUGUUAUUUUUAAGGAGUUGGGUAGUGUGAGAUACAUGGGUCGGGUUGCAGAUUAUGAUGUUGAAACUGGCUGGUUCAAGGUUAUGUAUGACGAUUAUGAUUAUGAUUACAUGGAAAAGAAUGAACUCAUUCAGCUCAUGGCAAGCCCUGAACAACUUGGCCCCUACUUCAACAAUUUACCUGAUAGUUCGAAGAAGAAGCGUAAGCCAAGGAGGAAGAAAGCCCCAAACGAAAAGAAACCAGCCGCUAGAAAUACUUCUUCCCUGGGGGCCAAGAGAAAGACUCGUUCUCAAACCAAAAAAAAAACCAGUUCCUACAUUCCCCCUUGCAAUAAGAGAGAGAAAGAGGGACGAGUACUACUGGUAUUAGGCCUGGGUUCCAUAUCAAGGUAUCAUAAGGUGGAGGACCAUCUUCAUCUUUUAUAUGCAGUAGUUGAUCAUCCUCUUACAUAAACAGCUAGUAGUUGAUCAUCCUCUUACAUAAACGGCGUCUCUAUGUUGCUUUUAUCUUCAUAUGAUAAUAAACAAUACAUGCUAUAUUGUUAUACGACAUUAUUUCUUUUUUAUUUUAUUUUGUGGAAGAUGAACUUAAUAGUUAUGCAACAUUUGAAUUUGAAUCUGGCCUUCAAAUGACAAUAAGGAUAUUCUCCCCCAAGCGAAUUUUGUAACUCUGUUUUCCGAAAACUAAUAAAACCAAAUUAAAUAAACAUCAACUCAGCCUAUCUUCAAAAAGUAAAUACAGAAAUUUGGAUUACAUUAGGCGCUGAAUGAAUAAUGCUAUUCUUUCAUUUCCUCGAACAUAGUUUCCCCCCCUUUUUU